AUGAAACCCACACAAGACCGCAAGGAUGCGCAAGUAGACGAGUCCUCCCCCACCAUCCGCGCCGCCAAGGGGGGGUUUGUCACCUUGCGUGCUGCGCAACGGCGGGCGGCUGGUCAUGCCAGUUUGUCGUUGAGCUCCGGCAUUGGCGCUGCUUGGCGGUGUGGCAACUCGUCUCUACUUGUCGUUUUCGGGUGGUAA